AUUGUAAUGCUUGUAAAUAUCUUCGUUUCAGAUUACCAAGUCAUUUGUUUCUCAUCUAAAUGUGUGCCGUGCAACCAGCUGGUGAACAACAACACUGAUGUCAAACUAGUUCACCUGAAGGCGUGGUUUAGAUCCAUGGUAGAGGGAAGAGGGUAUGGGAAGCACAGUGUAUUAAGCGAUCGGUAGAACUUGCGGAAAUGAGCCUCCCCGACUACAAAUCUGUUGGUAAACCGUCGUCUGCUGUUGUGCAGUUGCAUUCAUCUAUUGUGCAACUGAACAUAGGAGGCCAUGUAUACAGCACCACUCUUGAUACCCUUAGAAAGAUCCCCAAUUCCAAACUGGCUGAAAUGUUCAGGGGUCCUCCCAAUCUUAGGACGGACGCAGAAGGACGAUACUUCCUUGACCGGGAUGGGACACAUUUUGGACAGAUCCUUGAAUACUUAAGAAUGCAAACUGUGCCCAUCCAUCAUGUGCAAGAGGUGUAUCGUGAGGCUGUCUUUUAUGACCUAAAACCUCUGGUAAAGGUCCUGGAGGAGAUGCCGCAGCUUUUUGGUGAAACGGUGGGAAGGCAGCAGUUCUUGUCCCGAGUCCCCAACUAUCAAGAGAAUCUCGAGGUCAUUAUCCGAGUGGCACGGGCUGAGGCUGUCGCUGCUCGCUACUCCAACAUUAUCAUUUGUGUGCUGAGGUCUGAGGAAGUCGUGGCACGUUACAAUGAUGCUAUGAGCAGCCUUAAUGCAGAAAAGGAGUCUGUGGUGACCUUUGGUCCAUGGAAGUCCCCGACCACUGUUGAGGAGGAUCUGCUGGACUGCAUCAAAAUGGACAUUGAGGCCAAAGGUUAUAGAGUUUCCUUCCAGCGUCACAGCACAGACAAAGGUUUCUUAUUCAAGAGCUAUGACUUCUUCUACAAGCUGACUUUCAAAUGGUGGUGAAUGGAAGUUCAGCUCCACUGACAGUAGCUAACAGUUGCAUGUCCAUGAGCAACUAAAUGGUUACUUUGAUGUAAAGUUGAGGUUAGUAAUUAGUUCAAGUUAAUGAAGUGUGUCAGUUUAGAGAUUUGGCUAUAUUAUCUUUUUAACCAAUUUUUGAUUUUAAACUAUCAUGUGUUUCUUUUAUCAAUGUUUGUGUUUAUUUAUAUAGCAUACUACACCCUUGUCAAAUGGUCUUAGGUUCAGCCCAUGUACCAGUAGCACACUAACAUCCACCUUUGUUUAAUAUUGACAUUAGAUUGCUGUGUAGAUUCAUUGAAGUGCAUUACUUAAAUACCAGACAGCAUGUGUAUAUGAAAGAGCCAGUUCAAGAAGUCAUGAAUGUGUAGAAAUGUUUAAAGGUUCCAAUGGGAAGACUAAUACAUCAAAGUUCAAAGUAUCCUGAUAUAAGACAUGCAUCAGAUUUAAGAGGAGCUUCAGCACAUCACACAUUACUUGAUCAUGAUGAAUUGAUAUUCAGACUUUCAGUAUGCAAUGACAUCAGUGUAUUGGAUUCUACAGGUUUGCUUAAGCGUAGAAUUUGAUUGACAAAUGUCAGUGCUUUGUGUGGCAUGUGUACUAUGCUCCAUAACAAUAGCUCAGUUGUUUACAAUUGUGCUAUGAGUAUUUGUACAAAAUUAACUUUCAGCAGGCUGUUGUGAUCAAAAGUGGUUACGAUGGAACGAUCUGAUGGAUUUUACUGUUCUCACAUACAUUUAUCAAUAAGAAUAUUGUGUAAAUAUUUUCAUGCUGAAUAUUUGAACUGAUUGAGACAGAGUGCAUGUUGAAAAUGCUUUCCCACUUUGUACUGCAGGGAUUAUUUACUCUAGACUCUAAUGAAUUAACUAAUUGCUGCCAUACUAUUUAUAAUGUUAUGGUAUUUUUUGUUUGUAUUAUGGUAAAUGUGCCUAGUGUAAAUUUA